AUGGCAGGCUCAAAUGCGCCAGGCUCCUCCAUUGCCCCAGCUUCUGCCUUUCCCAUCCCUGGUUUCGAACAAGGCGUCGAUGAACCAUGCGAUUCUACAUACAACGAAAUAACCCCCAUCGAUACCACUCCAUCCGUGCUUAGCACAAAUGCACCACGUGCGCUUCCCAGACGGAGAAGUCGGUAUGCCAUGCGAGGUGGGGGCAGAGGAUUCAAUGGCGUCUCGACCUUCAUCCCAAACCCACAGAAUGCCCCCGAUCCCAUGCAGCGAUGGCAGGAGUCACCUCCAGAAGACGAACCGGCUUCGCUGUCAGCAAUCAUGGAAUCCCUGAAGAAGUACCCGGCCGCCACUGAUCAAACAACUGCUUGUGGGCUGGGAACAGGAAGUCCGGGUCAAGUGCAUAACUCCUUUCGAGGAUACCGACAUCGCACCGCAUCAGUACCCAGCUCGCGAAGCAGUGCUCUUAGUGUCUCUUCCCAGCCUUCCUCCACUUCGACCAGAUCAGCAACCUCCCAGAAGUCGCAGGGGCGACCAAGAUCCCACAAAAAAGGCACGACCGGACGUGUGCGGAAGGGCAGAAGUGCCAAAAUGAACCCCGCGGAGAAAGGUCGUCGGUUCUGCUGUACCUUUUGCUGUGAUCAGUUCCGGACCAAGUAUGACUGGCUCGACACGAGAAGCGGGACGGUCGUGUCCUCGUCCACUGGAAAAGAGCAUUGCGCGUUUUGCAAUGCACUGGACCCGACGCCAGAACAUCUUGAUGGGCACAAAUAUCAAUCUUGCAUCAGUGGGACACGCACUUUUCGUCGCAAGGACCAUCUGGUGCAGCAUCUGCGACGAACGCAUCGUCUCGAGACCCUACCACCCAUCGAUGAUUGGAAAGUUCAGGGUCCCCCGGUUACGUCUCGCUGCGGUUUCUGCGACUUGAGGCUUUCGUCCUGGGAAGAGCGAAUUGACCACCUCGGUAAUCACUUCCGCAGCGGAUCUACUAUGGACGACUGGCGAGGAGACCAUGACUUUCCUUCAGAGAUUGCCAAACUCGUCGUGAACUCGCUGCCACCGUAUCACAUCGGUUCAGACUCAAGGGUUCUCGUACCGUUCUCCGCUACCAAUUUCCACCAUUACGAUCAUGUGAAACAGAUUUGUUCACGAUUAGAGGCGAGCGAGUCCAGUGUUGCUGAUCAUAUCCUUAAUGUCCACAGCCAAUUGGAGCCCCUCGAGGAAUCGGCCUAUACUGGGCCGUGGAACAAUAUGAUCGAAGUACUGGUUUUUCACCUGACUAGGUAUACUCGGCAGCAGAUGGAACAAGGGAUCAUUCCUACCGAUGAGAUGCUACAGCAGGAGUCGAGACGACUGGUUUAUGACUGCGAAGACUCAUGGAAUCAGACGAUAUUCGACAAUCCGGAGUGGAUUGCUGAAUUCCGCCGUCAACACAUUGACCAAAUCGCCAAUGCUGACAGGGAGGGAGGCUGUAUAACACUUUUCAGCUUCUUCGGUAUGCUCCAAAUGAUCGACAUCAUUCUUGGCGCAAACAUGCUUCUGAUCCAGCGCAGUCCAUUGCCAUUGCACCGAGUCCACACAAAGCGAGGAUAA